CACAACAAUAAAAUAUUUAUUAAUUGAAUUAACUAUUAAUAUAUAAUUUUUACCAUUUAAAGAUAACAUCUAUUUCUAGAAAAUACGUAAUAUUUGUUUUUUUUUUAUAUAUUGAAACAAUCAUCUUGGACUAUAGGAAAUGGUAAAUUAACAGAUAGUAUCUAAGCACUAAUUAGUUUUUAAAAUGAGGGGAAUAAUUUAUAUAAAUAUAAUGGUUAAGACUGAAAAAUUAGUAAGAUAGUAUUAACUGUCCUUUUAUCAACAUCGACAAGUUUAAAUAUUUUUUAAAGUCUUAUUAGGAUAUAUUUAAAGUUAAUUAACGUUCUAUUAUAGUAUGUUAAUAUUAUAAUAAAUUAUAAGCGAAAUAAUUAUUGAUUUUCAUAAAAUAAAAAAACAUGUAUUUAUUUCAAAUUGACAAGAGGCUUUUAGCGAUUAAAGUUCAUUUUUUUUUGGCAAUAGCCGGUUCUGCUCCGAUAGUUCCAUUCUUGUCAACAAUAUCGAUGCAGAGGGGCUAUUCGUCUGUCGUCGUUGGCUUAGUCUUCACAUUAAUUCCAAUUCCAGCGUUAUUUAUAAGACCCUUUGUCGGUGCUAUAACUGACAAAUACAAAUGCCGCAAGUCUUUAUUAAUUUCACUCAUAGCUAUCAACAGUCUACUUGUUUGUGUACUGAUGUUUAUACCGGGCACUAGCGUUAAAACGGAAAUCUCCGACGUGGAUGUGAUCAAGUUACCGACUUUUUGGUUGUUUUUUGGCACACUCACCAUAUUGAACACUGGUACUAUGGCAAGGUCCGUUUUGGAGAACACUAUAUGUCUAGGUCUAUUAGGUGAAAAUAAAUAUAAAUAUGGUGAACAGAGAGUGUGGGGAUCAAUUGGUUGGGGUACGAUGUCAUUUGUAUCCGGCAUGGUUAUAGAUUGGUUCAGUAAAGGUCAAGACUACAAAAACUAUACUCCUGGUAUAAUAAUUGCAUUGAUGGCUGGCAUUUUAGAUUUAUUUGUUGCAUUGAAAAUUAAGGUUGUUGAAAAUAUUGAAAGUAAAAUUGUAGCAUCUGGUGUAAAAAAAUGUUUGGCUGAUGUAAGAGUACUAUCAUUUCUUUUAUGGGUUGUAGCCUUUGGAUUUUUCAACGCCUUUAUAUGGUAUUAUUUAUUUUGGUAUUUGGAAGACCUAUCGAAAAUGUACCAUCCUGAAACCAUACCGAACAUAAAGUCGCUCGAAGGGUUGACUCAAACAAUUCAAUGUGUUGGUGGAGAAGUUCCAUUUUUCUUCCUGUCCAGCUUUAUUCUCAAACGGGUGGAUAACAUGAAAGUGUUUUCUUUAAUGUUUUUCCUGUUUGCCGUCAGAUUCUUACUGUAUUCCAUAAUUACAAAUCCCGUUUGGGUGUUACCAGUCGAAUUGCUCAAUGGCUUAACGUUCGCGUUGGCAUACUCGGCAGCGACUUCGUAUGCAGCAGAAUUAGCUCCUGUUGGUGCCGAAGGAACGCUUCAAGGAAUCGUUGGAACGGCAUUGCAGGGAAUAGGAGCACCUGUUGGAAGUUUCGUUGGUGGUUAUAUGUUUGAUCGUUUCGGAAGUAUCACUUCAUUUAAAUUUUUAAGUGGUACUGCGUUAGCGAUAUGCAUUGCCCAAACUACUGUUAAUUCAUUGCUGAAUCGAUAUUCUAAAGACAAACAUGUUAAAGAAAAUGCGUCUUCUACCGAUUGUCCUAAUAUUGAUAAUAAUAAUUUAUAAGCUAAAUUAACUUUUUGAAUUUUUUGUUGUACAAAAUGAUUUGUAUUUAGAAUAUUAAGAAACAUAUUUUUAUAAAUAUAAAACUUACUAUAUAGUAAAAUACUACUGCUUCUGUAUAAGUAGUUUUAUAUAACAUAGUUUAUGUUGUAACUAAAAAUAUAAUAAAGGAUAUCAUUAUUUAUUAAUUUAUAUAUAUUAUAAACCUUUUAGAUUCUACAUUAAUAUUAUAUAAAUUAUAUAAAUUAUGUUGAUACUAAAACCCGUGGUGCAUUCACUGUCUUUUAAAUUAAAUUGUUUUUAAAACCGUUCUGUAUUGCAUGUCUAGAUCAUUAGAGGAAUCUCUAUUACAAAUUUCAAUUUCAUACGUUAUAUCACUUUUGAGUAAUA